AUGUUACUUAACGAGCAAUAUCCGAUAUUUGAUUUGAACAUAUCACAUACUCGAAAAAUAUUAGUAAUGGGGUUGAUAGAACAAUUAAUAUUGAUGAAUGUUAUGGUUGAAGGAAAGGCAGAUAUUUUUAAAAAAGUAUUUCAAAAAUGUUUUAUUAAUACUUUUGACUUUGAUGAAAAAAUCAAUCCAUUAGAGUUAGUUGUGUUUACCAAUCAUACAAAAGAAAUUUGGUAUGAUGAAAAUAAAAAACCACAUAAACGUGAAGAACUU